AUGACCUAUCAACCUAACAAUCUCGUAUUAAAUAACAAAACUGAUGAGUUUAACGUCCGCCCUGUAUCAUCUUAUGAAAUACGUAAGAUCGUGAAUUCAUUUCCAUCAUAUAAGGCACCAGGCGUGGACAAAGUUUCUGUCUCUGUUAUAAAGGAUGCUCUACCUAUAGUUCUUCCAACCCCAACCGAGAUUGUAAACCGUUCCUUAUUAACUGCGGCGUUUCCAUUAGCUUGGAAGAAAUCGGUGGCUAUAAAGGAGGGAGAUUACGAAAUACCUAACAAUAACCGUCCCGUGUCCCUGCUUACUGUGGCCUCUAAGAUCUGUGAACGGGCUGCACUCAAUCAAUUGAUGGAAUAUAUGUCUCAGAAAGGGUGUCUCACCGAACAUCAAAGUGGAAACAAAAAGAUGCAUUCAACAGACACUCUUAAUAUACUUGUUUCGGAUAUGAUUCUUGAUGCCAUGAACAGGAACGAAUUGACUGCAGUUGUGUUAUUAGACUUGUCGAAAGCGUUCGAUAGCAUUGAACAUUCGUUGCUAUUCAAAAAAACUGCAUUCGAUGGGCGUGUCUAGGAAAGCUGUGGAUUGGUUUAAGAGUUACCUCUCAGACAGAACUCAGUCUGUGAGGAUUGGUCAUAUACUGUUAGAAGCUCGUGCGAUAACACACGGUGUGCCUCAAGGGUCAAUACUUGGUCCAGCGUUGUUUAGUAUUUAUAUAAACGAUCUUCCAACUACUCACAUUGUAGGUCCUUUAGAAUCGUAUGUAGAUGACUCUAAGAUUUACUUGUCAUUCUCAUACACAGACACUAAUGUUGCUGAGAUUCAGCUUACAGACGAUCUAAGGAGAAUCGCUGCCUGGUGUUGCUCAAAUAGCCUACUUGCCAAUCCCGAAAAGACUAAACUUGUUCUGUUUGGUACAACACAAAUGCUCAAUCAUGCGCAAGACUUUCGAAUGACUUUCCUUGAAAAGGAACUACGACCGGUAUCUUCAGCCCGAGAUUUAGGAAUGGAAUUUGAUGAAUGCCUGAGCUAUGAUGAGCAUAUUACCCACGUGGUCUCAAAAUGUACAAAGUCUCUUUGCCAGAUUAAUCGAGUUGAACAUAUUUUAGACAGCCGCACCUUGAUUGUGAUCAUAAACGCCUUGGUCUUCAGCAAACUUUAUUAUUGUUCAUCUGUGUGGGCAAAUACGUCUAAGAAAAAUAUUGCCAAACUACAAACUGUGCAGAAUUUUGCUGCACGAAUUGUCACAGGCACGAGGAAGUAUGACCAUAUUACACCCGUACUACAACAACUAAACUGGCUACCUGUUUCUUAUAUGCUGCAAUAUAAAGAUACUGUUAUGGUUUAUAAGUGUCUUAAAGGAUUAGCACCACCAUACCUUGCAAGAAGAUUCACAUCUAGAUCCCAGACACAUGGUCGGGCGACAAGUCAAAUGGAUGAGUUGGAUAUCCCACUUUAUCGGACAGCUGCUGGUCAGCGCUCUUUUUUAUAUACAGCAACCAAAUUAUGGAAUGAUUUAGACAAUAACAUUAAAGAUAGUUCAAGUAUUGGAGUUUUUAAAAAACUAGUAAGAGAGAUACUGCAUAAAGAGUGCUGGAACAACUCAAAAUAA